UUUAUUAUUUACUCCUGACUGUUUGGGCUGUUGUACUGUUUACUGUUUAUUGAAGUAUUGUAGUUUUGCCACUGCGAUACGGUUGGUUGGUUGUUUGAGUGAAUUGAACUUUGAACUUUUAAGGGUCAUGUAACCAGUAAAGCAGUAGGUUGAAAACAAUCAUAUUUUGAGGAAUUAUUAAGAAAACUUAGCAGCGUUUUCUAUCCCUUUGGCUAAAACUAAAAGGAAACUUCUUAAAAUGGUUAAAAUAUCUGGUGUUUGGGUAGUGCGAACUGACAAACGAUGAUUUAUAAUAGAUUGUUUUUCCAAAAUGGUGGGUGUUUGUUUUUGGAUUUCUUCUAUGGUUUUGCUCUUUAGUUCUGUAAGUGUGGCAAAAUCCAAAACGGGAAAGGCCUGUCAGAACCUUAAUACUUUUGUUGACUGUGAUGGGAAAGGUCUCAAAGUUGUACCCAAAAAUUUACCUCAAUGGACAAAUCACCUGAACAUAAAUAACAAUAAGCUGACAGCUAUUGAACCCCUCACAUUCAAAAAUCUGGAAGACUUGCAGGUCCUUAAUCUCAAAAAUAAUGAGAUUAAUACACUCAAUGAUGGAGCAUUCUAUGGACUGAAGAACAUAGUAAAGUUGAACUUGGAUAACAAUCAUGUGACAGUAAUUACUAAAGGGUGGCUUUAUGGCCUGAACUCUUUAAACAGGUUAUCAUUGAGUCAUAAUUGGAUCAAUCAGAUUCAUAAAGAUGCUUGGGAGUUUUGCAGUAACCUUACUAUGCUGAACCUUUCUUAUAAUAAGUUGGAUUUUAUUAGGGAAGAGACCUUCAAAAGCUUGAACAACUUGCAGAAGUUGGUCCUAAGCAAUAAUAAAAUUGCUAAUAUUAUGGACAACUCCUUUGUGCAUCUUCCAAAGCUAAAAAAAUUAUAUCUUAACUACAACAAGAUAUCUUGGAUGAUAGAAGAUUCAAAAGGAGUAUUUCAAGGGAUGGGCGAAUUAGAUAAAAUCUACCUUGUAGGAAACAACAUUAAGUCUAUUAACUCUGAUGCUUUUUUGGGUUUAAGAAAUGUUACUUACAUUAAUCUGGCUGAAAAUAAUAUUACUUCUAUUCAUAAUAACACUUUCGUGAAAGUGCCGCAACUGAAACAAUUGAUAAUAAAUUCUCAAAGCAUGUUGUGUGACUGCAAUUUAAAAUGGUUUCUAGAAUGGAUAAAAUCAAAAAAAUUUGACGUUCAAGCUUCAUGUGUUUAUCCGCUUGCACUUCAAGGUCAAUCUAUAAGUGCCAUUAGUAUGGCCAACCUGACAUGCGAUGAACUCCCAAAACCUAGACUAAUUGAUGAGCCGCCAUUGGAGAUUAUGGCUCUCAAGGGAGCAAACGUUACUCUCAAUUGCACGGCGGUUUCAAGUUCAAGUGGAAAUAUGUCAUUUAUGUGGAAAAAAGAUAACAUGGAAUUGCUGAACUCAAAUGCUAUAAUUAAAUCCAAAGUAGACUCUGAUGGUAGAACCAUUGAAAUGAUCUCUCACCUAGAACUGAUAUCUGUAGAGCAUUCACAUGCAGGAAAAUACCAGUGUGUUAUAAGCAAUGUUUACGGAACAACGUACUCCCGAAAAUCCACAGUUUCUGUAGUAGUAUUUCCCACAUUCCUCAAAAAGCCGAAAAAUGUUGAGGUUGAGGCUGGACAAACUGUAAUGUUAGAAUGUGCAGCCACUGGAGAGCCACCACCUGAAGUUGCGUGGCAUAAAGAUGGAGGAAAUGAUUUUCCAGCUGCAACAGAAAGACGCAUGCAUGUUUAUAAUGGAGAUGAUAGGUUCUUUAUUGUCAGUGCUAGGUCUACAGAUGCUGGCAUUUAUAGCUGCACUGCUCACAAUCUGGCUGGAAAAGUAACUGCAGAUGCGCGGUUAGAAGUGCUCCAAAAACCCCAAAUAGCAAAUGGUCCAGAAGAUAGAGAACUGGCCGCUGGAGAGCAUAUAGUUCUUCAGUGUAUGGCACAGGGUGUACCAAAACCCACAAUCACGUGGUACAAGGAUGGGGAACAAAUAGUAGCAACUGAAAGGCACUUCUUAAUAGCUGAAAGUCAGCUUAUGAUAAUCAUGGAUUCCGUUCAUAAUGACUCUGGCAUCUACGAAUGUCAUUUAAACAACUCACAAGGCGAGGUGGUUGGUUACAGCCGGAUUGUUAUUAAGCCAAAUGUUCUUGAUACGGGGAAUGUUUUGGGAAUAGUUAUAAUCACGGUAGCGUGUUGCGCGGUGCUAACGUCAAUUUGCUGGGUGUGCAUCAUCUAUCACCAUCGCCGAUCAUCUCGCGCCCGAAGUAAAGCUUUAGCACGUUUGCCUGGAACUGAACUAACAGAAAUCCCACAGGAUUGCCCAUCAGAGCGGUCAUCCUGCAAAGACAGCGGAACUGGUGAUUCGGCCAGGAGGUCUAAUGACGACUUGGCGGAAUUUUCUGGUCUGAUGCAGUGUUCAAGAUCAGAUCACGAUCGGCUAAAUCAAAUAGACAUGGGAGAAACUGGAGACUAAUAUGCGGCUUUUGCAGCAAGGGUUGGUGCAAUAGGAGCUAGUUUUAGGGUGACCCCAAAGAAAAAAUGAGUGAUAGCGAAGGUGAGGUUUUUAUGAUCUUUUGAAGUUUUAAAGCUGACAAAAUAUGACCUCAAGAUUUUGAAAUGGA